CUCAGUAACACACAUGCUGUGAUGGGAGACGGUUGCGUCUCUUCCCGCUCCCUCUUUACCUCCUAAUUCCCACCUGUCUUCACUAAGUGCUGAAAAAGUCAUGUCCGGCCGUACGUGUGUUGUCAUGGUAUGGUAGUUCUGAGUUACCACUGCUAGUCUAGAAGUCUUCCAGGUGUCACUCAUAGCACAACCGAAAAAAAUUACAAAUAUCGUGAUAUACACCCAUAUGUAUAUUUGUGUAUAAAUAUGGAUUCUGGAAAUUGAUGCUGAUACCUAAGCCUCAGGAGACUCUGAAGAGUUGCAGCCUUGCAGAUAUUAAUAAUGUAUAGCUGGAGAAGUUUAAAGCAGAGUGGCCAUGAGUGCUGAGGAAGAGUUGUAUAGCAGCAGCACCAGCAGCAGCAGCACCAGCAGCAGCAGCACCAGCACCAGCAGCAGCAGCAGCACCAGCACCAGCAGCACCACCACCAGCACCAGAACCAGCACCAGCACCAGCAGCAGCAGCACCAGCAGUAGCACGUCAUCCUGAUGACCUGAACUAAACACACACACACACACACACACACACACACACACACACACACACACACACACACACACACACACACUCACACACACCUUUCACUCCCAUAUUCCGUCCCGAAGAUUCACCUCACUAAGACUCCUCACUGGGUGUCCUACAUGUGUUGUCUACCAGCGUCGAGUCUACACACGUCUACAACCUGUUUCCUGAAGCGUACAAAACACAUUUUAAUUAAGGUUCUAGACAAGUUGGAAGGUUCGUUCUCCAGCAAGUGUAUGUAUACCAGCCAUCCUACACUACCACACUCAUCAGUCAUACCUGACGUACUACUCACCUAACAAGCUGGAGCAACAGACAACAAUGGCGUGUGUCAACAAAAACCUCAUCUUACUGAAGCUUCUUCUCUUUACUUUUUACGGAGCGCUGGGAUGUCUGAUGCCGUUCCUGACCAUCCACAUGAGGUACAUGGGUCUCAGUAUCCAGGAAAUCACGUGGAUCAACUCAGUACUUCCUCUCACUUCGCUGGUGGGACCCCCGCUGGUGGGCAUCUUGGCUGACAGACUGGGGCAUUACAGGCCCAUCACUGUCGUCUGCAUGCUAUUUGCGGCUGUGUUGCACACAGCACUGUUGUUCGUGCCAUCAUGUGAGGUGUCGCCAGCGACGGAAGCGGCACUCAGCUUGAGGUGUGACACUAGUGGUGCUGCCAUGGUGCUCGACCCCUGUGGCAACCCAUGCCCUCGACCCGUGGCCUUUCACUCAUCUUCCUUUGAGGUGAAGGAUUGCCGCCUUGUGUGUCGGGAGGAGACCAGUACAAAAGAGAAUGCAACAGAAGAUGAGGUAGUUAAAGUCGACAGAGUCGUGAUCAGCGACACUGCUCCUCUUAUGUGUUUCCGCACAGGCUCGGGCAACCACGAAUACAGAACAUUCAACAACGACCGGAUAACAUUAGAAUUCAACAGAACCUUGGAAGCUACUCAUCGCCAGAGUGAGAGUGGAAGGGUGAUGUGCUAUUACCCACAGCAAGAGUUCAGUACAGUUAGUACUCAGUACACCGGCCUCACUUGUCACGCCUCCCCACCAAACUGUGAGGUUAUCUGUAAUGCUACAGAACUGGUGAAUGGGACACGUUUUCUGCAGAGACCCAUGUGUUCCACAGUGAGGGGCAACCCUAAGUUAACACUGUGGCUCUAUUUUGGUGUUCGAGCGAUGGCAGAAAUGCUCUCUGCCAUCCUGGUGUCGUUGUUAGAAGCUGUGGCCCUCACUAUGGUCCACCAGUACAAGGGUGACUAUGGCAGGGAGAAGAUGUUUGGUUUACUGGCUGUUGGAGUUUUUUCACCAAUUUCUGGUUUCCUCAUUGACACAAAAUUUGGAACUUUCGGAAGCUACAGUUACGCUCCGGUGUUCUAUGUCUUCAAUGGUCUGAUGUUGACGACAAUGGCUGUAACUAUUGUACUUCCUAUUGAAGUACAAGUUCAGAGAAGAAGUUUGUUGAAAAAUAUAAGGCAACUGAUCCACACCACAGAGCUGAGUAUUCUUCUCUUCCUGAUGACGCUACUGGGUACUUUCUGGGGUUACCUCAAGACUUUUGUUUAUGUCUACCUGGAAGACCUACAUGCAUCCAAGUUGCUGCUGGGUCUUACUCUCUCCUUCGGUAUUGUUCCAUCACUGCCUUUCUUGUACAAGAGCGCUGCCGUCGUGCAGUACUGUGGACAUCACUACCUCAUUAUGCUCGCCUUCCUUGGUUACUGCGUUAGGUUUGCUGGGUUAUCAUACAUCAUCAACCCAUGGUGGGCAUUGCUGCUGGAGUCACUGGAACUGUUUACACUCAACCUGAUGAAUGUGUCGGCUGCUACACUGGCUUACAAGCUGGCUCCCAAGACCUUCGUGGCUACAGCUCAGGCUUUGGUGUGGGUUUCCCACUUUAACAUAGGUCAGUGAUGGCAUGUGAGUGAAGUAACAUUUUUGAAAGGAUUCUGGAAGACUGGUUCAGUAUAGUUCUGGAGGUGGGAAGUACAGUGCCUGCACUCUGAAGGAUGAAUAAGGAUGUUACAGUUCUGGAGGUGGGAAGUAUGGUGCCUCCACUCUGAAGGAUGGGUGAGGAUGUUACAGUUCAGGAGGUGGGAAGUACGGUGCCUCCACUCUGAAGGAUGGGUGAGGAUGUUACAGUUCUGGAGCUGGGAAGUACAGUGCCUGCACUCUGAAGGAUGGGUGAGAAUGUUAUAUUUCUGGAGGUG